AUGGAGCAACCCGACAUCGAAACGGCAACAACGGAAAAAACAUACUUUAGCAGGUUGUCCGUCUGGCUCAUGAUCCUCUUCUCUGGCCUGGCCAUCGGAUCAGAUGGCUACAAUGCAGCCGUCAUUGGCAACGUCAACCUCAUCCUCGCCAUCCUCUACCCGUCCUCCCUGACCUCCGAGAUCCGUCAGCGGCUUUCCAACGCCUUUCUCAUCGGUAUGAUAAUCGGCAUGCUUCUUUUUGGUGUUGUUGCCGACCAACUCGGCCGCAAGACAGGCGCAGUCGCCACCACAAUCCUCCUCGUCCUUGGUAUCGCCAUGAGUGCCGGCGCAUCGGGCACUUCUGAGACGGGCAUGUUCUGGAUGCUCAUCGUGGCGAGGGGAGUCGCGGGCGUCGGCGCAGGAGGAGAAUACCCAGUCGCAGGAGCGGGAGCAGCCGAAGCGACUGAUGAAUCCGCCGCGCACCGUAAACACCGCGGCUUCAUGUUUGCCAUGUUGGCUGACCUCUCUGCAUCGUUGGGUUACGUCUGGGCGGGUCUGGUGCCACUUCUACUGCUGCUCAUUGUGGGCGAGCAGGCGACGGAAAAGUACGUCGUGGUAUGGCGCGUCUCAUUUGCGCUCGGCGCUCUCCCUCCCCUCGUCAUCUUUUGGUUCAGAGUCCGCAUGGCAGUGUCGACGGCGUACCGACGCAGCGCGAUGAGAAAACAACGCACCCCAUACCUCCUCGCAUUAAAGCGGUACUGGCGGCCACUUCUAGGCUGCUCGGGCACCUGGUUCUUGUACAACUGGAUUAGCAUCCCGUUUGGAAUCUUUAGCUCCACCAUCAUCUCCCGGGUCAACGUUGGGGAUAGCCUAAUCAAGAAUCUCGGCUGGGGUGUCGUUAUCAACUGCUUCUACAUCCCGGGACCGUUCCUGGGUGGUUACCUUUCUGACAAGAUCGGACGGCGUCGAACGAUGGCGUUGGGGUUCGCAUUGCAAGCCAUCUUGGGUUUUGUACUAGGUGGCGCGAUCGGGCCUAUCCAAGACGUCUUUCCUCUGUUUGUGGUCAUGUAUGGAGUGUUCCUUACGUUGGGCGAGGUCGGACCUGGAAGCACAGUGGUCAUCACGUCGACAGAAUGCUUCCCUACGUCGAUCAGAGGUCAGAUGAUGGGGAUGGUUGCAGCGUGGAGCAAGGUUGGAGCCGCUCUUGGGACGCAGGUAUUUACUGCUAUUCUCAAUGCUUAUACUGACGACUCAGCCAAGGGAGACCAGGUUGCAUUCUUAAUAGGGUCAGGGUUUGCCGUGUUGGGUGCUGCAGUGGCAUUAUUUGUCAUUCCAGAGGUGUCGCGGAAUUUGGAUGAUGAUGACAGAGGGUGGAAGAAGUAUCUGGAUGAUAACGGAUGGGAAGCUACGUGGGGUGAUUCUACUACUCAGGAUCCUGCUGGUUUGGUACUUGGGACGGCGAGAUCUUAG